GCCGCCGCUGCCGCCGCCCCCGCGGCCGCCGCCUCCACCGCCGCCCCCGCGCCGCCCGCCUCCCGAAACCAGACCGGCAGGCCCGGAGGAGCCAGCCUCAGAGCCAGGGAGCAGUACCUGUUCAACGUGUUCGAGGUGGUGGUCUCGACGCUGGAGUCUAAACUCCAGCGGAUCGAGAACCUGGACCGCGCCGUCGAGCACCUGAUGCGGCGCGUCGAGCUGCUGGACGCCCGCGUCACCGACAACAUCGACAAGACGGACGCGGUGAUAGCGCGACUGCGCGCCCUCGACCUCAGACUUUCCGCAGACCCGAACCCCGGACCUCCGCCGGGACCAGCCGGUGAGGCGCUCGACGCCCGGCUCAUCUCGCUCGACCAGAAGGUGAGCGACAUCGACUUGAAGCUGUCGGGCCUGAAGUCACAACUGGAUUCGAACCUGCUGCCCGCCGACGACAUCAACGCUGAGGCCAGCGAGAAGAAGCCCAUCAGCAUGAGCCUGGGCGACGUCGCCAAGGUGGUCACCGCCGAGGUGGUGACGCGCGUCUCUCGCGAACUGGAGGGCCUCCGCGCCGCCACCAACACCGUCGACCGCAAGCUGCAGUUCCACAUCAACCUCGUCUCUGAGAACCUCGGCAAGGUGCUGUCGCUGGCCUCCGAGCUGCACAGCGCCGUGCUACAGCCGACCGCCGCGCCGGGCUCCUGCAACGCCACCACGGGAGGCGGCGGCGGCGGCGGCAACCUGGAGCGGCUGGUGCGGCCGCUGGUGGGCGUGGCGCACAAGGUGGACGACGUGUGGGACGCCGUGUCGGCGUCGCGCGGCUCGCUGGAGACGCUGCUCUCACGCACGGACGACGCGCUGGGCGCCGCGCAGAGGCAGCAGCGCACGCUCGCCGACGCGCACGCGGACCUCCGCUCCAAGGCCAACCGCAUCAUCGCCGGCCUCGAUCAGGUGGAGCAGCGCCUCAAGUGCGGCGACGUGGCCGGUGCGGCCUCCGAACCGCUGCUGGACGCGCCGCUGGAGGCGGAGCCGGCCCUGCACGGCCACAGCCACGCUCAAGCGCACGCCACGGAGCCGCUGCUGCCGCCACCGUCGCCAACCCCCUCGCUGGGCACGGCCGCGCCGCCCCCUCCACCCCCGCCGCUACCGGCCACUGCCGCAGCCGCCGCCGUGACGACGACGGCGCCGCCUCCGCCCCCGCAGCCGUCGCUGCCCGCCACGGCCGCCGCCUCCGCAGCCUCCGCCGCCACCGGAGCGCCCCCGGCGUCUUCCUCCGCUGCCGGCGGCCGCACGCCCGCUCCGCCCGCGUCUCGCAGCCGCGGUUCCGUCAUAUUCCCCAGCGUCAAGAACAAGCCGACCAUCGCCAACAACACCUUCUCCACCGACUCCCUCGGCGCCAUCAAGGACGUCAAGGGCUACUCGUGCGUGGACCUGUUGAACGCGGGCAUGCGCGACUCGGGCGUGUACUACCUGCAGAUCCGGGGCACCACCUACUGGUUCCUCAAGGUCUACUGCGAGCAGGAGGUGGCCGACGGCGGCUGGACCGUGAUUCAGCGGCGAGAUGACUUCGGAGAGCCGCGAGAGAGUUUCAACCGUGAUUGGGCUGACUACAAGAAUGGCUUUGGCGACCCGGCCAGGGAACUCUGGCUUGGCAACGAGAACAUUUACAUGCUCACCAACAACGAGGACUACGUACUGCGAGUCGAGCUUGAGGACUUUGAAGGCAAUAAGAGGUACGCGCAGUAUUCACACUUCAAGAUAUACUCGGAGGCCGAGUACUACAAGCUGGAGGUGGAUGGUUACGAGGGCAACGCUGGCGACUCACUCAACGAUCCUUGGUACGGCAGCAACAACAGUCCCUUCUCCACGUACAACAGGGAUAACGACCGGUCGAGCCUCAACUGCGCCUCCAUGCUGAAGGGUGGCUGGUGGUGGAAGUCGUGCGGACGUGGCCUCAACGGGCUUUACCUCAACGACCCGCAGGACCUCACCGCCCGUCAAGGUAUCGUGUGGUUCCGCUGGAGAGGCUGGGACUACACGCUGAAGAGGGCGGUGAUGAUGAUCAAGCCGAGGGCCAGCAUCCCUUCGCUGAGCGCUGCCGGAGUCAACGCAGCCAACGGCGGCGGCGGAAGUGGAGGCAGCGGGAGCACCGCAUAGCGAGCGUGCCCGCUCUAGCUGCCAGCACAAGAGGCUACCAACGGCCCCGUGGCCGCUCCAUCAGAAACCCGCUGCAUUAUUUAUAAAACCAAUGUCGAGCGCUUCUUACCCUCCUUCCAAAUUUCGAUGCAGCUUCAAAAAAUGAAAACCAAACAUCAGCAGUGCUCUACAAAUAGCGCGUCGGUUUCCGGAGAAAAACUGACCGUCUUCAGCGUGUCUACUACAUUCCGCUGUGUACAGUUUCACAUUUCUCGGAACAAUUUAAUAACCUCCCAAAUCCUUUUCGCCCCGUUCAGAGAAACCGUACAAGAACCAGUAUUAUUAGCACAUGUGUAACAGUCUGUGGUAUCACAUGUUUUAUCUGUUUGUGUAAUAUUUGUUUUUAAUUUAGAAAAAAAUAUAUAUAUACGUGUUUAUACGGAAACGACAUUGAAAGAAAUUUAGAGAGCUAAGUUUCCAUGACAGGUAUGGACUGACAACGCGGGCUGUCGCCCAGCUUAAGCAGGACCCUCAUGCACAGCCAGCUGAAACCCAUCGCGGCGUAAUUAACUUCAGUGAAGUGAUGACUGAGCGUGUAACCCCUUUGGACUCGACGCAGACAAACGUUUCACAACAAAUACUCUGACAUAUUUCAUGUACACGAGAGACAACGGAAAAAGAAACAACGAAACCUUCCAGAAACUACAUCUUUCACAAACUGGUGAGGGUCUUGUAGAUAUUUGGGACUAUGUAUUUUAAAAUCUUAUGUAUCUUUAAAUCAUUGCGUUGUUGUACAUAAAUCGUGUAAUUUGUAUAAAGUAAAACCUUGUUUUUUAUUA